ACUGUAGAAACAUUGCAGUUCAACUUGGCGGACUCCAUGGAAGAGGACCUGCUCCCACUCAUGGAUCAUCCUACGUGAAUAAUCAGCCUUGAGGUGGGCCAGUGAUGCCGCCCCCAGCCACAAGUCCCCCUGCCGUGCCCCCACCAGACGGCGGUUGGGGAUGGGCUGUGGUGUUAGCAUCUUUCAUCUCCAUAGGCUUCUCAUACGCGUUUCCCAAGGCCAUCACGGUCUUCUUCAAAGACAUCCAGGUCAUCUUCGAUGUCUCCUACAGCCAGAUCGCAUGGAUCUCCUCCAUCAUGCUUGCGGUCAUGUAUGCUGCGGGUCCCAUCAGCAGUAUACUGGUCAACACAUAUGGCUGCAGGCCCAUUGUCAUGAUGGGGGGCUGCCUCUGUGCCACUGGCAUGAUCUUAGCUUCCUUCUGCACCAGUGUGUUGCAGCUUUACCUCUGCAUAGGACUUAUAGGCGGACUUGGACUAGCCUUCAACCUGCAGCCAGCACUGACCAUGAUAGGCAAAUACUUCUAUAAGAAGCGUCCCAUUGCUAACGGGCUGGCGAUGGCAGGCAGUCCGGUGUUCCUCAGUACGCUGGCUCCUCUCAACCAGUACCUCUUCAACCAGUUCGGCUGGAGAGGCAGCUUCCUCAUCCUGGGCGGCCUGCUGCUGAACUGCUGUGUGGCUGGUUCCCUCAUGAGACCUCUGGGACCACCACCCAGCAAGAUCAAGAAAGACGAAGAGUUAGCGGUCAUUACCACCACAACAAAAGAGAAGCGCACUGCCUGGCAAACAGUCAACAAAUACCUGGACUUGACACUCUUCAAGCAUCGGGGCUUCCUCAUUUACCUGUCAGGCAAUGUCAUCAUGUUCCUGGGCUUCUUUGCACCUAUUGUCUUCCUCACAGCCUAUGCUAAGGACAUGGGUGUGGAUGAGUACUCAGCGGCCUUCCUUCUCUCAAUUCUGGCUUUCGUUGACAUGUUUGCUAGGCCCUCCAUGGGGCUACUGGCCAACUCGCGCUGGGUCCGGCCGAGGAUCCAGUACUUCUUCAGUUUUGCUGUGCUGUACAAUGGGGUGUGCCACAUCCUCUGCCCACUGGUGGAAAGCUACACUGGUCUGGUGGUGUAUUCUAUGUUCUUCGGCUUUGCCUUUGGCAUGGUCAGUUCAGUGCUGUUUGAAACACUGAUGGACCUGGUUGGGCCUCAGAGGUUCUCCAGUGCUGUGGGACUCACUACCAUUGUGGAGUGCUGCCCGGUCCUCAUUGGUCCACCUCUAGCAGGGAAACUGGUCGAUGUCACAAAAAACUACAAGUACAUGUAUUUUUGCUGUGGAUCUGUCGUGAUUUUGGCAAGUAUUUGGCUCUUUAUUGGAAACUUCAUUAACUACAGACUUUUGGACCGUGAGCGCAAGGCUGCAGAGAUGUACAAACGGACUGAGACAGAAGAUCCUGACCAUGUUCAGGAUCAGAAGGAGGCCGAUGGAGAAGCCCAGGCGUCAGAGGAGCUGGGCGACAAAUGUCAAAAAGAAGAGGAACCUAUGCAGCGGGAAACCAACAUCUAGAUCCUUCUGCUCUGCCAACAGCUCACCUUCACCUCCGUGGCAACCUCACAACACCCUCCGCUAAAAUCAAACUGAGCUCCAAGCCAAGAGGUCCCUCUCGGUGUUCCACCAGGCUCUAUUUGGGGUCCUCUGCUAAAACUGACUGCCAAAGCAACAACUGUGUUGUAGGAAGCUGUGAGGUGUAAUGUCUGUUUGUCAAAGAGCAUCAGCUGUGACUGUAACAGAAAUACUAACCAGAGAGAAAAGUGUAAGCUACUGUAUGCAUGUGAAGAAGCUAAAAGUCAGUAAGUAGGAAAACAGUGUACUAAUAACUUUAUUUUCUUUUUUGCCACGUUCACCUCAUAUCGGAUUUACUGUAAAUACAAGACUGCAACUUCAUGGCAGUUACAAUCAGGAUGCGAGAUUAUAGGAAGAAUGUAUCCAAAAUUGUCAACUGAGAACUAACAGCAGCAAAGCCACAGAUGUUGGCUGAUAAUUAGAAAAUUAAUGAAAUUCACACUCAGACAAUCAGCUCUCAUUAAGAAAAGAAUUAUUGGCUGCAGUUUGUUUAUGGUUGAUUAUAGUUAUAUUUGUGUGUUACAAAGAGUUAAAAUAUUGCACGCUUUAGCAACAAGCGUCCUUCCGUUUUUCCUACUGUGUCUUCCGAUAUGACGUGAAUGCAGCAUCAGCACUGUUCCAACAGCACCAGCAAACUGAACUCAUGUUUAAAAUGAAAUCUGUCCUCUUCACAACACAAUGACGUCUUGCUAAACGAUCAAAGGUUCUAUUAAAAAAAGGAGGCAGUGAAAGGAUUUCUUGGUGGCCAAAAGGACCUUAAUGCCAGUGAAAGGUCACUGGUUUGAUGCUAUCAACAGCCAGUGUCCGUUCGUGAAGUUUUGAGUGACACUGAUCCCUAACUGAGCAUUCACACAAUGAGUAACUUGGUGUAUGAGUUGCAGUUUGACAGAUCAUGGACAGUAAGAGGCCCUGAAUGUACCAUUUGUUGUUAUAGAAAACUAACAGAUAAACUAACUGAUAUUAUCAUUGAUCAUAAUGAUGAAUUGCCCAUUCUCCAGGCAUCCAGCUUUUAAGAUGCAUCUUCUAGUACUUUCACAUCAAAUUUGUGAAGAACUGGGCCACUUUGAAAGGCUAGAAUCAACUGCUCCUAUUUUAUGCUAAUAUCCGUGAAUCAAACCAAUAGGGAACAAAAGAGGAGCUUAAAUCUGGCAGCUGUUAAGCCUAAAAAGCAUAAAAAGUCUAAAAAGUUUGGCUGAUUUUUCCCUGGUUGGUCAGCGCUAUAGGAAGCAAAAACUCCUGAUGACUUGUUGAUUGUGUUGCUCGCAGUGUGAAUGCAGUGUUAGCAAUCCCAGUGCACUGGAAAUGGUUGAUCCAUCUGUUGAUACGUGUCAAGCAAGAACGCAAAAUCCUAAUUGCGCUGUGUUUAAUAUGGCAAUUGGGUGCCCUAAAAUUCCCACUUUCAUAAAUAAAGAACAGAUGUGUUCACAGCUGGUGACGCUGGUGCCCGUGUAUUAUGCUGCCCGCCUGAGCACUGUAAUGUUGUGUGGUAAAACCUGCACAAAUGUCCCACUUUAUUACUUUUGAUCAAGUCAUGAAAUGCUUCCUGUGAGUCGUCUAUUGUUCCAUAUUGUACUCAUAUACAGUAUGCUGCACUAAAAGAGAAAUGGCCAUACUUCACCCCAAACAUCUUUAUAAAACUGCUGCAAUUCACUGAAUUUAAUUAUGGUUGAAUGUAAUUUCCUCUGUGGGCCUUAAUAAGGUAUUAAUGACCAAAAACCAUCUGCAUAAUAGUGGUUUUUCUACAUAUAGAGCCCAUGAGCAAUAUAAUCUCUCAUAUUUUAAUGCAGAUAUACAUGGAAAUGUAUGUCUUGUGGCCAAUGUGACAGUCCAUUCUAUGAUACAUUGCCUUAAAUGUAAUGUAAUGAAUGCAGGGGAGUUGUACAGAGAAUACUUGAUAGUAUUAUACAAAGCUGAUAAACCUUUGUGUUAAAUGUGACCCACUUUUAUUGCUGUGAUUAACUUUAAAAGUCACAAGAAAGCUGUGUAAUCUGAUCCGAUUGUUUCCUAACACGUCUGUAUUGAAAUAUUACAGCUAUGAGAUUAAGUAAUGUUCUGUGUAGUCUCUCCAUUAAGUAAUUCACUAACAUCCACACCAGUAUGUUAAAACAUCUGAAGGAAUACUAAUGAUACUACUAAUUAAUGAAUGCUACCGUUCGUAAUGUGUUCUGGAUGGACAUAUCAUGUAACAAUCUAAAUGUUGUUGUAAAUGUCAAUAUUGUUCAAUAUUCUAUCCAUUCCAUGUGAUAGUUUUUGUAAAUGCCAUCCUGCUGUGGUGUUGAUCGCUUUUCAUCUCAAGCUUUGGUCUCAAACACUGAGGAAAACGGUGUCCUGUCUCAGAUGUCCUAACAAAGCCAAACACAUUUUAAUAACAAAUGUAAUUUUUCAAAGCAAUCAUGAACAAAGAACAAUGUUAUUGUGCUUUUUUGUCAUGCUUUGAAUAGUUGAAUGUGUGUUCACAGUCAUGAAAAUGGAUGUCCAGCUGUCUAGCAGCGGCUCUCAAUCCAUAGCGUCUUCACCCAAGACUCAUUACAAACAAACACUAUGUACUCUCUGGUUUAUGGUGGAACCGGAGGAAUCUGCUUGAUGAAUUCUGAGGCUAUCAAUGCAACGUUGUCGAGAAUAUCUGCUAUGCCAUUUAUUGUUAAUAAGAUAAUUUUGAAAGAUUUUGGACACUGGACUUCUUUGAGCUUUUUUUUGGACCUGGUCUCAAUAUUUCCAUUUUGAGAUGAGCUAGUCUUGGGUUUUGACUGCAGCCACGGCAACUUGUGGACAGUUUGCUUAGCUAUUCAGUCUCCCAUAAUGCACUUACUGCAGUAUUUUUAUAUUACCAUGUGUACACCAUCCUCAUAGCUUUGAUUGAUGAAUAACAUUAACACCUUAUGAAUGUUAACUUAUCCUGCUUUCACUUCAUUAGUGGAAACGGGGCCUACUUUCAUUCACUGCAAUCAGACGUCACUAUGCUCACUGUACAUGAUGACUCUCAAUGAGGGUAAUAGAAUGCUGUACAAUCACUUUCUACCAAAUAACACUGCCCCCUGCUGGUUUUAAACUACCUAGACCAAAUGGUAAAGAAAGCCAAGCUUCCCUUUCAACAGGAGAACACAUUAAUUUGCAUGAAUUACAUUUUGACCAACACCAAGCAAGGUUUCAGGUUUUUUCAAUGUACUUUUCUUGUUUUUUGGUGGAGGCUUUGUCAGAAUGAACAUCAUUUCUUUGUGUUAUGUUAAAUAAUACAAGUGGAACAAUACACAACCUUGUAAUGUUUUGAUGCACCUAAGGGGAAUACCAUUGAAUUUUUUUUAUUUUAUUCUCCUUGUUUUUCUCUAUAUUCAGUAAAAAGAGCAGGUAAUUCCUCGUGUAGACACGUCAGGAAGCGUGAAGCAAGAACUGCUGCAUCUGGAAUGGUCCAAAGCAGUGGUUCUCAGGACCCCCAAAGGGGUCGCAGGACAAAUCUAAGGGUUCAGUAGAUGAUUAGCAAGAUGGGAAUAAUUCAAAAAUAUCAUCUGCAUCACAAGAUUUUGUUUUCUUUUCUUUUCUUUAUAACUGUUCUUGUGAAAUGCUUUAUAGAUGUAUCCCCAGAGGCCUGCAAACAUAUUCAAAUUAAUUGUUCUCUGCUAAUAGGGAGGCUAGCCAUAAUAUACAAGCUUGAAAUUUGAUGGUAUUCUCUGUACUGUACUGAAAAACCAUGGUGUAAUUUGUUCAACUUUAAGCAAUACAUUUCUGUUGUUGGUUCAUAAUGUUUAUUUUAAGAACGAAAGGAAAUAAGUUGUAAUGAUUUAAUACAAAUACAGAUAAGUUUGAAUUUGCACCAAUAGCCUUAUUAAUUAUAUUGCUUAGCAUCUGAUAUAUAUGGUAUUUCUUUCUUUUUAUGUGUGCAGUAUAUAUUUAGAAACAGGUUUAUUUUGUGGUUUGCUGAAGACCAAAUGAACAGAGUUUAUAUUGAAAUGAAUAUUAAAAACUUUCACCCCUCCUGUAUUAUUUCUGUAAGCACACAUAAGUGUUAAAAAAAAAAGGAUAUGCCAGCUGAAAAUAGUUUUAUUAACUGUAUAGCAUUGUUUUUCUGAUGGAAUGCAGAAUAUUGAGGUUUUAGAGUAAGAGAGGGAAGAGAUGUCACUUCAGUUUCCUUUUGGGUUACGUCAUGCAGUUGUCAAGUAAAACGCACUUACAGUAGCAGCUAGCACUGUCUCAAGCUAAUAGAAAUGACAGCAGAUUGGAGUUUCUUACAGUUUCAGUCAUGAGGCAGAAAUUGGGUGAAUUAAACAUUAAAGGACAGAUAAGAGAAAACAUUUUUGUUCCUGUGGAGUGAAACUCAAUAGAGUAAGUGUGGUGUUCUGCCACUAGCUGAAUUCAUUUUAAAUAUUUGUUUUUAAUUUCAAUUUUGUUUUGACCCUGAAUUAUGUGAUCUAGACAUCAAUGUACUUUGAGUAAAUUUAAGGUUUUUAUCAGGAUUUUAGGGAAUUUAAAUUUUCAAAAGUUUAUUUUGAAUUCAGGAUUUUCACAUUCAAAACUCCAUUUUAAAAACCAUGGUUUUAAAAAAGAAAAAGAAAAAAAAGCAAAUCUCUGCCCGCUGAGCCAAUGGGACCAUUUCUGCCUCCAUUCCAGUGUCCCUUAACUUAACAAAAUCCCUUCUGCAGAACCAAAUCGUGCAACGUCUUGAACAAACUUCCAUUUUUCUUUUUUCUUUUUUUUUUUCUUUUUUUGUAUACUGAUGUGGUAAGAAGAUCGACAGGUUAUGGUGUUGAUUGUAUACAAGGUAGUUUGCUACUGGGAGGCUGAAGGACUCUGGCUGUUAAGCUAACUGUGCCUUACUGUGCAAUACUGACCAUUAUAAACAGCUUUUUAUGAACAUGGUAAAAAUGGUAUUGUGUUCAGUUUCUGUCCUUGCUUCUACUGUUUGUAUGUUUAUAAAUCAUUGCAGUCUAUCAUUUUGUGUAAAUAAUCACCUUAUGUAGCUACUCAUCCAAAAGUCACUUCUUUAAAUCAAAUGAACAAUAAGCUGUAACACCAUAUAGUCUAAAUAUUCAUAAAUUAUUUAGUCUUUGUCAUUAUUUGCUAUAUAUUGUUUUAAUAGGGCUUUGACGACAUAAUGGAGGAUGCAAAUAUUUCUGUGUAUGAACACAUUAGAGGACAGUUGUGUUCACGUUUGGACCUCAGUACUGUAGUUUGUCUCAGCAGUGAACUCAGUCCAUUAUGUACUUCCAGUAGCAGACGUACUGUGUGCUUUCUCAUCAGGGCAACUAUUACUGUAUGGCAUUAAACCGUUUAUGAGAUUGUGUCAGUCCUUCCACUACCUCUGCAGCCGUCAUGUCAAGAGUGAGGAAAAUACCACACGGGUAUAGAAAACUGAUUUAUGUUUUUGUAUUUCUGAUAGAAUGUUAUCACUUAUCACAGUAGCAAAAUAAAGUAUAUAUCCAUAAGUCA